AUGAAUUCACUUAAUGUCUCAUUGUCCCGAUUGAAAUUACAAAUUGCUCAAGCUGUAUUGGAACAAGAUCGUUUACAACAUGAACUAAAUACUCUUGAUGAGUCCAAUCAAAACCAAUGUGAAGCUAUACAACAUGCUUUGACUACCUUGAAUAAUAAUUUGGAUGGUAUUACGAAUGACUACCUUCAACGUGCUCGAAGAAAACAACUUAAAAUCAACAAACACAAGGCCUGGCGAAAACGACGAAAAGAACGAUUAAAAUCUCAACAAUCGGAAAAUAAGAGUCAGGAGCCCGUAUUGAAUAUGACAAGAGAUACGAUGGAAGAAAAGAAGAAGGAGAUAGAACAAUCAUCAAAGACAAAGGAAAUAGGUCAACAGCCACCAAAAUUAACGCGACCAAAGAAUGUAUCGGAUCAACAACAACGCGUUCAACAAUUAACUAUUGUGGUGGAUAAAUUACUACGAUUACGGGAUCUUCGACGAAAGAAAUUGGAAACUAAAGGUCACUUUUUUCCAGAAACUGGCGAUACUUUUUAUAAUACAAUCAAAGCAGCAGCAGAAGAAGAAGAAGAAAAAGAAAAAGAAGAACAAGAUUGGAUUGAACACAACAUGAAUGAACAACAGACAAUAAAACCACAUCCAGAGGAUACAUGGAAAGAUCAACCAUUAGAUAUGGAUGCAUAUAAUUAUUGGCUUCAAGGUUGGCAAGAUGUCGAGAAAUUACGGUAUAUACGACAACAAUGGGAUCAAUAUGUAGUAUCUGAAGUGGAUGAUGGUUCUCUUGGAUCAAAUAAUGGCUUGAAAAUACCCCCUUCUAUGGUAUCUCCUUCACCUCCUUCAAAUGCAAUUUGGGCAUCGUAUUUGGUAGACUAGUAUUACACUUUAUUUUGAUAUAUAUAUAUAACUUUUAUACCCCUAUGAUAAUAAAAAGUAGAUUUUCCCUUUCAUACCACAUUUGGAGGGCGGAGUUCCUUGUGACAGUGGAAAAAAAC